AAUAAGGUAACCAAGCGAAUUUCUGCUAGAAGACCUUAAUAAGGUACUACGAAGAUAACCCAUUACCAGUUUCUCUGCAAUCAUGCGUCUAAAACUGAUGAACGUCGUGCAACAAAUAUGCCAAAGAAAUAUGUGUAGCCAAUCAGGACACACAGCGUACAUCAGCGAGGUUCACAAAUUGCAAAGCAAAGGCUUCUAUCCGGUUUAUGUGGGCAAAACAGAAAUUAAUGUAGGCCAUCUCACUGGAAACAUGUUAAAUACUAUAAAUCCACAAAGUCCUACGCAGAAAUACCAGUCUAUAUGGAGCAUUAUCCAUGCUGGUGGUGCACGUGGUUGGGUUCCCUGGAACUACAAGUUGCAUGCUUAUUUGAGUAACUUAACAGUGAGACCAGAUGAGACCAUAUUUCCAGAGUUGUGUGCAAAGUUGACGGACCACUAUGGUAACUGUGCCGUUAUUGUCAACCCAGAAGAUUCAGAAGAAAUUAAAUAUGACAACAAUGGAAAUUCUCUCUAUCCUUCAUCCCCAGUGGAGUUUCUACCAAUGAUCUGUUGUCCAAAAGUGGCUGAAUCCUAUGGCCAUAAAAUGCUGCAAACACCCUCUGACUACUAUGCACAUCUAAAUCCUCUCAACAUCGCAUGGUCACAUGUUAAGUUGUACAUACUUAACAAUAUUAGGAAAUACACAGGGGAGCUCUACUAUGAAGAGAUCCAGCAUAAAGUGAUGGACUUUGAAGAGAUAGUCAAGGCAGCUCUGAGUAUGAUGACCCAAGACGAAUGGAAGGACACAGUGACAAGAGAGUUGGGAAACCACAAAUAA